ACACCACAUAACUACAUACCUAUUUGUCUUAUUUAAGACAUGUUAAGGGUAGUAAUCGCAACAGUUUAACCACAUUAGUAUUCUUGAGAGUUGAGUGCUCACUGGCGGGUAGAUGGUCCAUCGAAAAGCAGUUGCGCCCUCUAGCGGAUCGCUGUCCGAUCUACAGCAACACUGUGGCCAGGAUUGACGGGGAAGGAUGUGGUCCUUUUUCUCUCGGGAUCCUAUCAAAGACUUUAACUAUGAAAUUUUACCAGAAAACCAAGAAAAGUCAGGCAUCUGGACCCUUACUCGGGGCAGGCGCAAGACUACAGGGGAACCAGUAUCAAUCUUCAUGUAUGAUGGGUCCCAGGGAACAGAGGAGCAGACACAAUUGGCUAAAGCAGCUUUCAAACGCACAAAAACACUCAGACAUCCCAAUAUCCUAUCCUACGUAGAUGGGUUGGAGACAGAGAAGAGCUUAUACAUCGUCACAGAACAGGUGACCCCUCUGACUGCACACCUAAAGGUACAGGCGGAGAAAGGUGGCACCAGAGACUUAGAGGUUUCAUGGGGCCUUCACCAAAUUGUGAAAGCCGUGAGCUUCUUGGUGAAUGACUGUCACCUCCUUCAUAAUAACUUGGGCAUGUGGGCCAUUUUUGUGGACCGUGCCGGUGAAUGGAAACUUGGAGGGUUGGAUCAUGUCACCUCUGACCAGGGAGACUCCACCUUACCACCGCCUAAAGUGAUCAACCCAGAUUUGGAGAAGUACGACCCUCCUGAGACCCCCGGCAGUGGAGGAGAAAAGUGGACAGGGGAUCUGUGGCGUCUUGGUUGUCUCAUUUGGGAAGUAUUUAAUGGACCUUUACCACGUGCAUCCUCAUUACGAUCACUCGGCAAGAUUCCAAAGCAGUUAGUCCCGCAUUACUGUGAGUUGGUGGGAGCAAACCCAAAGAUUCGUCCCAACCCUGCGAAAUUCCUGCUGAACUGCAGAUCUCCAGGAGGCUUCAUGAACAACAGCUUUGUGGAGAGCUGUCUGUUUCUGGAAGAGAUACAGAUAAAAGAGCCUGCAGAGAAGCAGCAGUUCUUCCAGGACCUGAGCGAGAAUCUCGACUCUUUCCCUGAGGAUUUUUGCAAGCACAAAGUGUUGCCUCAGCUCCUAACAGCCUUCGAGUUUGGAAAUGCUGGUGCUGUAGUCCUCACACCACUUUUUAAGGUGGGGAAGUAUUUGUCAGCUGAAGAGUACCAGCAGAAAAUCAUCCCAGUCAUUGUAAAGAUGUUCUCGUCUACCGAUCGAGCAAUGAGGAUACGACUUUUACAACAGAUGGAACAGUUUAUCCAGUACUUGAAUGAAGCAGCAGUAAACUCCCAGAUCUUUCCGCAUGUGGUACAUGGUUUCACAGACACAAACCCUGCUAUUCGAGAGCAGACUGUGAAGUCCAUGCUCCUCCUGGCCCCUAAACUGAAUGAGACCAAUUUAAACCAGGAGUUGAUGCGUCACUUUGCACGACUCCAGGCUCGGGAUGACCAGGGACCCAUACGCUGCAACACCACUGUUUGCCUUGGCAAAAUUGCCCCCUACCUCAAUGCUGGGAUGCGCCAGCGUGUUUUAAUCUCCGCAUUCUCACGUGCAUCUAAAGACCCGUUUCCUGCCUCACGCGCAGCUGGUGUGCUCGGGUUCGCUGCCACUCAUCAGUACUAUAGUGUGACUGAGAGCGCUGCUCGCAUUCUUCCCACACUCUGCACACUGACUGUAGAUCCAGAUAAAAAUGUCAGAGAUCAGGCUUUCAAAGCCAUAAAAAGUUUCCUCAGUAAGCUGGAGACAGUUUCAGAAGACCCUACUAAACUAAUUGAAUUAGAGAAGGAUGUGACUGCUUCAGGACAGACAGGAGGGUCUGCUGCCACGUGGGCAGGGUGGGCCGUGACGGGCGUCUCGUCCCUCACCUCCAAACUUAUACGUAAUGCUCCGGCUGGUUCGGAGGCACCACCUGCUGAGAACAGCCAAGCCCCUCAACCUGCAGCUGGACCAGUAACCACAAAUACUGCAAGCAUAGGUCCAGAGUUGAAAACACACCCGGACAGUGCCUCUGGUACACAUGCCAUCCCUUCAGAGACAUCAAAUGAGAAGACGGCAGAGCCUGAAGGAGAUCGAUGGAAGGAUGAGGAUUGGGGAAGUCUUGAGGACUCUGAGAAAGUUCAGACAGACCCAGAUGAUUGGCAUUCUGAUUGGUCAGCCAUGUCCUCAACACAGAAGAAAAGCAAUGUUGGUCGGAAGUCCUCUCAGGCAGUUAAGAAGCAGAGUUCUGAUUGGAGCUCCGGCUGGGAUGCCGAUGACAGCUGGUCCAAUGAGAAAGAUGCUGAUGGUCAGGGUCAAAGUUCACCUGGGGACGAGGGCUGGGGUAAUGAUUGGGAGGAAGAUGGGGGUCUGGCUGAUAGUUUCGCCCCGACUCCAAGAAAUAAAGCUGCAUCCUCAAACGUCGUUCCAAAGAGUGGACAGGAAGGGCUACGACCGGCCAGCGAUUAUAAUUGGGAAGUAGGAAAAUCAACGUCAUCUGAUCUGUUGUCCGGUGUGUCACAAAGGACAAAUAAUGUGGCUGCUACUAUGAAACCUGAUGGCUGGGAAGCAGACACUACAGGUGACUGGGGAACGGAGGAAAAUUGGGAGUCAUUGGAUGGAGAGCAGGGUUUAAGUAAAGCAGAACUAGCAAAGAAAAAGAGAGAAGAAAGAAGGAAGGAGUUAGAGGCCAAACGGGCAGAACGCAAAGCAGCUAAGGGUCCUCUCAAACUUGGUGCACGCAAGCUGGACUGACUUUAAAAUGUAAACACUGGACGCGCAGUAUAAUCCAACCUCUGAUCAGUCAUGAACUAUUUGAAGAGACUCCAGUCAGUGUCAGAUUUUAAAGAAACAUUCCGGGAUGAGAAGAGGAACCUCAUAGCUGUCUGACCUUUUUGCAGAAGGGUGUCCAUCUGCCACGUCUGCUAAGCAACUGCUUACACACCAGAAGCUAUGAUAUUCCCUUACUUCCAGUACCAUGUUUUUAUUAAUAUGUAAAAUAAUAACAUAAGUUUACUGAGUGAGCAUGAACUCACGUUCAAGAAAGAUAAUACGUGUCAAAGCAAGAUUUACAAACUAUAAUCCUAGACAUCUGUGUAUGUAUUCUGAUUAUACAUUUCCAUACAGUUUUCUUUUUUCUUGCAAUGGAUGUGGACUUUAAGGACUUAGUGGAUGAUACAUAGAAACAUGUCUCUCCACACUUUGACUGUCAGAAAUCUAGUCACGUUUAAAAACAGACAGGUGUUUUCAAAACAGUGGAAUCAUGGGAGAAAGGUUCUAUUACAGCUCAUGCGAGGUGUUUUGAUUUCAUCAAAUGUCAAUGUUCUUAUUUUUGGUUUGUGCCUUCAUUUUUCGUCUUGAUUGGCAGGACUGCGUAUAAUAAACAAAUCAAUAGAUGUUUUUUUAA